CUCUCUGCCUCACGCUGUGGAUGUUUCUGUGUUUCAGGUUGCGGAUGGUAUUGAAUUUUUCUCUGCAUCAUUGGAAGCAGCAGGUCCCAUUCAUAGUGCAGGUAAUGAUUUCUUUUGAGAGGGUCCUGUCAUGUCUACUGGUACUUGUGGAUGGACUCACACUUUUCUCUGAUUCUAGAUGCUGUCUGAUCAUUGUCCCCAGCUGUCAUCUCUCACACUUUCCAAUUGCCAUGAGGUCACAUUAGACGCUCUGCUUUCUGUGACUCAUAACUGUCCUCGACUGUGCUCCCUCAAUCUGCAGAACUCACAGGUCAGAACCUUUUCAGCCAAGACAGUAGUCAUGGUUUGUGCCAGCUCUGAUGGGUAUCAUCAAGGAAGAUUAACAUGAGCUGAAAAUGGCUAAAGGAAGCCCUCUAUCCUUGUCUCCCCGCACACAGUGAGUGUAUUAUAACUGCAGCUAUAAGGUUAUGGUGUAAGGAGGUCCCCUGUCUCCCCACACACAGUGUAAUAUAACUGCAGCUGUAAGGUUAUGGUGUAAGGAGGUCCCCUGUCUCCCUGCACACAGUGUGUUAUAACUGCAGCUAUAAGGUUAUGGUGUAAGGAGGUCCCCUGUCUCCCAGCACACAGUGUAUUAUAACUGCAGCUAUAAGGUUAUGGUGUAAGGAGGUCCCCUGUCUCCCUGCACACAGUGUGUUAUAACUGCAGCUAUAAGGUUAUGGUGUAAGGAGGCCCCCUGUCUCCCCUCACACAGUGUAUUUUAUAACUGCAGCUAUAUAAGGUUAUGGUGUAAGGAGGGUCCCCUGUCUCCCCCACACACAGUGUAUUAUAACUGCAGCUAUAAGGUUAUGGUGUAAGGAGGUCCCCUGUCUCCCCGCACACAGUGUAUUAUAACUGCAGCUAUAAGGUUAUAGUGUAAGGAGAUUCCGGUCUCCCCACACACAGUGUAUUAUACCUGCAGCUAUAAGGUUAUGGUGUAAGGAGGUCCCCUGUCUCCCCGCACACAGUGUAUUAUAACUGCAGCUAUAAGGUUAUGGUGUAAGGAAGUCCCCUGUCUCCCUCCACACAGUGUAUUAUAACUGCAGCUAUAAGUGUAAGGAGGUCCCCUGUCUCCCCGCACACAGUGUAUUAUAACUGCAGCUAUAAGGAUAUGGUGUAAGGAGGUCCCCUGUCUCCCCGCACACAGUGUAUUAUAACUGCAGCUAUAAGGUUAUGGUGUAAGGAGAUCCCCUGUCUCCCCUCACACAGUGUAUUAUAACUGAAGCUAUAAGGUUAUGGUGUAAGGAGGUCCCCUGUCUUCCCGCACACAGUGUAUUAUAACUGCAGCUAUAAGGUUAUGGUGUAAGGAGGCCCCCUGUCUCCCGGCACACAGUGUAUUCUAACUGCAGCUAUAAGGUUAUGGUGUAAGGAGGUCCCCUGUCUCCCAUACACAGUGUAAUUAUAACUGAAGCUAUAAGGUUAUGGUGUAAGGGAGGUCCUGUCUCCCGCACACAGUGUAUUAUAACUGCAGCUAUAAGGUUAUGGUGUAAGGUCCCCUGUCUCCCAUACCUGGUGUAUUGCUGCAGCUAUAGGGUUAUGGUGUGAGGAGGUCCCUGUCUCCCCGCACACAGUGUAUUAUAACUGCAGCUAUAAGGUUAUGGUGUAAGGAGGCCCCCUGUCUCCCCGCACACAGUGUAUUAUAACUGCAGGUAUAAGGUUAUGGUGUAAGGAGGACCCCUGUCUCCCCACACACAGUGUAUUAUAACUGCAGCUAUAAGGUUAUGGUGUAAGGAGGUCCCCUGUCUCCCCGCACACAGUGUAUUAUAACUGCAACUAUAAGGUUAUGGUGUAAGGAGGUCCCCUGUCUCCCCGCACACAGUGUAUUAUAACUGCAGCUAUAAGGUUAUGGUGUAAGGAGGUCCCCUGUCUCCCUGCACACAGUGUAAUAUAACUGCAGCUAUAAGGUUAUGGUGUAAGGAGGUCCCCUGUCUCCCUGCACACAGUGUAUUAUAACUGCAGCUAUAAGGUUAUGGUGUAAGGAGGUCCCCUGUCUCCCAGCACACAGUGUAUUAUAACUGCAGCUAUAAGGUUAUGGUGUAAGGAGGUCCUCUGUCUCCCUGCACACAGUGUAUUAUAACUGCAGCUAUAAGGUUAUGGUGUAAGGAGGCCCCCUGUCUCCCUGCACACAGUGUAUUAUAACCGCAGCUAUAAGGUUAUGGUGUAAGGAGGUCCCCUGUCUCCCCACACACAGUGUAUUAUAACUGCAGCUAUAAGGUUAUGGUGUAAGGAGGUCCCCUGUCUCCCCACACACAGUGUAUUAUAACUGCAGCUAUAAGGUUAUGGUGUAAGGAGAUCCCCUGUCUCCCCGCACACAGUGUAUUAUAACUGCAGCUAUAAGGUUAUGGUGUAAGGAGGUCCCCUGUCUCCCCGCACACAGUGUAUUAUAACUGCAGUUAUAAGGUUAUGGUGUAAGGAUGUCCCCUGUCUCCCCGCACACAGUGUAUUAUAACUGCAGCUAUAAGGUUAUGGUGUAAGGAGGUCUCCUGUCUCCCCCACAGCGUAUUAUAACUGCAGCUAUAAGGUUAUGGUAUAAGGAGGUCUCCUGUCUCCCCCACAGCGUAUUAUAACUGCAGCUAUAAGGUUAUGGUGUAAGGCAUUCCCCUGUCUCCCCGCAGUUUUCAACUCAUUCAGUGUUAGCCUGUUGUAACGAACCGCCAGUAUCCUGAGUGAUACGUUUGUUCGAAGUCUCCCAAUAUCCAGCAAGGUCGUGUGAUUAUCUAGCUCUGACCGUUGCAUACCCAAACAUCAAUCGAGACUUGAUGAAGGGUACAAAAGGAAUGUUUUAUUAUGGCCAAAUGUCCUGCUUUUAUACAUAGACCAGUCUUCAGCUAAAACAUAGGUAAAGCCCGCCCAGGUGUCUUUGUGUCUGGAAGAUAAGUGAGUUUGCUUUGCCUCAACUAAUUAUCUCCCAGGCACUAGAGGUAUACUGCAUAAAACAUAAAAACACCCCAAAACACACACUAUUAAUAGGAACCCCCACAAGUCUUAUAUCCCCGGAUCUGAGCUCCCAAGUUGUCCAAAUAGCGAUCAGAUGCCGAUAAUGCAGCCGUUUUGCCACCGGGGUAAAGUUUUGAUCGACCACACACGUUGGAGCUGCCCAAAUUAGUUCCAUAAGAAAAGUGGUAGCAGUCGGUCAGCCUUCAGGAGUGCCUACACUAAAUAAUUCAGGGGAGUCUUUUCACCGAACAGCGGUCUCUUGGCUUGUCUGGGAAAUAAGCAGGCGGCGGUACAAAGUUACAGAGAUUCGUGGGUCAGAGUAUCCGUCUUUACGUUCCAGGCACUCAAUGACCUCGUGCCGCUGCCUGCGUUUGGGAGACAAAAUGGCCGCCAUUCUCCAGAGCACUUGUUUUCAGUUCUAUGAAUGGCGGCCACCCAGAGAGAGCACUUGAGUUUGUGGUUCUUUUGAAGAUAAUGAGCCAGGGGGUGGUCUGUAGUGAUGUCGCGAUCAUGAAAUUUUCGGUUCGCGAAUGGCGAACGCAAAUUUCGGCAAAUGUUCGCGAACCGCCAUAGACUUCAAUAGGCAGGAGAAUUUUAAAACACACAGGGACUCUUUCUGGCCACAAUAGUGAUGGAAAAGUUGUUUCAAGGGGACUAACACCUGGACUGUGGCAUGCAAACUCCGAUCCGCGGCUGCAUCUUGCAGCCGCUUAGUAGAUAACUCCCUAAUUCCCACGGUAUAAGGGAGCUAUCUACUAAAAGGCUGAAAGGCCUAAAUUGGUCUUUCAGCCACAUUUACUAAUACUAAGUAAAGAUUACUUAGUAUUAGUAAAUUCUGCCCCUACUCGCUAUGCAGCGAGUAGGGGCAUGUCUAGUAAGCAGUGAGCAGCCAGUGGCUGCUCACUGUAAAAAACAAACAAAAAAAAAACCUAUUGCCCCCACCCCUGUGCGACGGGUGGGGGCCAUAAAUUACAAUGGGGGGGAGGACCUACUGUCCUCCCCCCCGGCCCCCACCCCUGGGCGGCGGGUGGGGGCCAUAAAGAUAAUAAGGGGGGGGGACCUACUUUCCUCCCCCCGGCCCCCACCCCUGGGCGGCGGGUGGGGGCCAUAAAGAUAAUGAGGGGGGGAGCCUACUGUCCUCCCCCCCGCCCCCUCCCCUGUGUGGUGGGUGGGGGCCAUAAAAAUAAUGAGGGGGGGGCACCUACUGUCCUCGCCUACCCCCGGCCCCCACCCCUGAGCGGUGGGUGGGGGCAAAUAAAUCACAAUGGGGGGGGGACCUAAGGUCCUCCCCCCUGGCCCCCACCCCUGAGCGGCGGGUGGGGGCCCUAAAUACUAAAAAGGGGGGACCUAAUGUCCUCCCAGCCCCCACCCCCUGAGCCAAGUGGUGGGGGCCCCAAUACCAAAGGGGGAACCCACCCCCGCCCCCACCCCUGAGCCGUGGUGGGGCCCUAACAUAAAAAGGGGACCCACGUCCUUCCUCAGCCCCCCACCCCCUGAGCCAUGGUAGGGGCCCUGAAUACUAAAAGGGGGGGGGAAUCUAAUGUCCUCCCCCCCGGACCCCACCCCUGAGCGGCGGGUGGGGGCCCUAAAAAAAAUGUCCCAAACCCCUAGUCACCCCCUCCCCCCCCUCCAAAAAAAAUUUAUCCCCCUACCUACCCCCCUCACCCUAAAAAUAAUGAGGGGGGAACCUUUAACUAAAUACCUGUAAAAAAAAAAAAACUUUACCUGUCACAGCACUCUGAUUGGUUGGUUUGAAAUCCACCAAUCAGAGUGCUCUGUGUCGUUUUACACAGCGUGGGAAAGUCCUUUGGAAUUUUCCCACGCUGUGUAAUUUGACUCAUAACUCUCUGAUUGGUUACUUUCAAUCCACCAAUCAGAGUGUUGUUAUGAGUCAAGGGGUGGGGGCCGGGGGGGAGGACAUUAGGUCCCCCCCCCCCUUUUUAGUAUUUAGGGUCCCCACCCGCCGCUCAGUGGUGGGGGCCAGGGGGGAGGACCUUAGGUCCCCCCCCAUUGUGAUUUAUUUGCCCCCACCCACCGCUCAGGGGUGGGGUCCGGGGGGGAGGACAUUAGGUCCCCCCCCUUUUUAGUAUUUAGGGCCCCCACCCGCCGCUCAGUGGUGGGGCCAGGGGGGAGGACCGCCGGCGAACUGUUCGGGACAUCUCUAGUGGUCUGUAGAUAAAACUACCGAACCUAGGGAAACAGCUUGGGCUUGGGGGAAAAUAAAGAAAGUAUCAAGGCCGUUUGUCACACCUGUAAACUAUAAAACAGUACACGGGCUAAUAUUACAUAGUAUUGUUUACGUUAUGGCAAUAUUAUAAUUUAGUGCAAUCAAUUUUUAAAUUAAUGAAAUAAGUAAUUUACUUACCCUUAUUCCAGAAGCGUGUGGGUCCACCGCUGCUUGCUCAACUCCCGCCCCAACUCCUUGGCUGAGAUCAUCUAAAAUAACUAUCACAGCCAGUCCAAUGCUUUCACAUAGGGUUGGGGGGCAGAGACAAAUGCUGUGCUGGCCAAUGUUAAGCAUCCCCGUGCAGAGCGUAAAGACUCUCUGAAUGUCCGCGCUACAUGUUGUGCAGAACUGACCCUGGAAGCACCUCUGGUGGUCUUCUAAGUGACUGCCACGGGAGGUCUAAGGCCAGGGCGCAUGUGUGGAAUGUCAGGAAUGCCCACCAUUAGUUAGUAUGUGUAGCUUAAUUAUUCGAUAUAAUCAUUGUAAUGUGGGUGUAACUUUUGUGUUCUCUGUAUACAUAUGUAAUACGUAAUUUACAGUAUAUAGCCUUUGUUUGCUGGUGGAGAGGUGCCUGUUACAGCGUGUUGUCUGUGAUAAAGGUACUGGGACUUUGCAGCUGUAAAAUAAUAAAUAGACCUGUGUCCGGAGUGUCCUUGCAUCAUCUCUGACCCGAGAAUUCUUCCACAAUACCUAGGGAGCAUGUAAAUACUGUAUUUUUCUCUGAAAAAGCUGUGUUCACAGCAAAAAGCCUGCAGGGUCAGGAUGUAGAGACAAGAACUACUACAUUAAGCAGGAUACAAUACAUAAAGCUUUAGUUGUUCUGGUGACUAUAGGGUCCUUUUAAGUUCAUGUGGAUAACUCUUUAAGUUAACUGGGAAUUACAGAGCAGAUAAGUCCACUUUAAGCUCUGCAUUAGAUAGGAAUGUAAUCACUUUGGGUUUAUCAUGAAUAUGUCUACCAUAUGGGCAAUGUUAUUGUAACGGAACUCCCCGUACUCCGACCGAGUACUUUCCGUUGAUGGACGCUUCCUAGCUUGCGCCACAUGCACCUCAUCGGACACCACAACUACCGCAGACUCCACAACCACCGUAGCUUAAUUGGAGUCUCGCCGUCUUCCUUCCACCCUGGAUCAGCUUCUGUCCUCCAGGACCUUGUGGUGAAGACCUCUUCUCCAGGAGAGCGUAUCAGGAACAGUGAUUAAAGCUCAGGGGAGUAUGCAGAGCAUAGUAAUCCCUUGUAGCAGAUUCACCCAAUAAGAUACAGCACUCCAAAUUGAGGGUGAAGUAGAACUGACUGUACUGGCACAUACAGCCUCUUUUAUUCACAUUCUGCAAACAUAGUACUGCCCACAGGGUUUUGAAGAACAACCAAUCAACACAUUACAACACAGCUAACACCCCCAUUCAUUACAUCAGAAAUCCUCCCCUCUGCCUGUGAUACAAUUAUCUCAACACAAUAGACUAACUUAAUUAUCACAGGCAGGAAAAUACAGUAUUAUAAAACAUAUAACAGGUACCCCAAAACAUGCAAUAACCCCAUAAAUAUAUCCUCGGAACCGGGGGAUCUGGGUGAACCACAUAUCCAAAAUUCACCCAGAUCCGUUCAGUAGUUUGGAAGAUACGGUUUAAUGCAGAUUCCGCAGAACAUAUACAGGCUAUAUGAAAAAUAAUUACUGUUAAAUGUGUCCCCUGUUCUGUAGUUUAAAACUACUGAAUGAUGUUUUUGUGCACCAAAUACUGGCGAGAUGGCACCGUGUAGAAAAGUCCAAACAGUGUCUGUGAGUUAAAAUGGCCGCCAUCCAUUGUUCUCACCAUGUGCUUCAUCCAUUGUUCUCACCAUGUGCCUCUGAUACAUGAAAUGGUGGCCACCCAGUAACUCCACAGUUUGUCUGGUAGUCUAUCCAGCCGGACCAACAGAUGAAACACAUGGGGAACAGUGCAACAAACGAAGGGAAUCAUAAAAAAUAUGGACAAUAGUCAUAUUUGUGCACAAUCUCCAGUUUUGUCACAUGGCACAAAUAGUGUUUUCAAAUGCCAUAUAUCCCAGGGUCAGUAGGUAGGAGGCGGGCAAGCAGCCCCCUCCAAGAAGACGUGGUGAAAUCUGUUCCGCCACAGUUAUAUCUGAGCUAUGUCUCACCUGUUAUGAAAUCUCUGACUAUUUUUGGAGAUACCCACAUCUAUCCAGAUGUACCUAAGAAUAAAGGCUCUUUGUAAGCGUGAAAUGCGUCAGGACGUUUAGGUAUUUCUGCUUGGGCAAUUCAAUACACUGUGUAUUGAGGUCAGUGGCUGUUGGAUUCAAAUAUUGUUUUAUUCCAUUUUGGAAUAAAAGCAAAAUUUUAAUCUAAGCCUUAAAGGCUCAGCAUUGAGAAUGUAUUGAUUGUAUUACCUAUGGACUUCUUCCACGGUGGAUACGGUGUUAUGUCUGAAUAUUAUAUUAUAUGUUAAGUUAACAUCAUAUCUUUCCUGUAUGGAGGGGUGCUUUGCUGAGUGCAGAAUACUGGGUGUAAUGCUCUGCAAUUUGUUGCUCAGGUUGAAUCCUUGGCGUUACCCAGAGUUUUAGAUGAAUGUGGAUCUCAGCUUCAGCACUUGUUUCUGACAUACAGUACAAUGAUGAAGGCUGUCAUUAGCCGUCUGGCGGUGAGUCAUGAUUCAUUUGUUUCCUAAUUCUCCCAUCUAAACGCUCGCUCCCUUAUCUCUCCUUUACAUCAAGUUCUCACUCUUGCUGCCCUUCUUUUUGUCCUCAAACCCGCACUCCUCUUCAUUCUUUUAUCCACCUUUUUCUCUCAUUCAUCAUUCUCUCAUCCGCCUUGCGUCAUCGUUCAUCAUUCUUUCAUCCAACUCGGUCUUUCAUUCAGUCAUCCUCCUCGAGCCCUCAUUCCUUAUUCUUUCAACCACUUUGUGUUCCUUAUUCUUUCAUCCACCUCAAGCCCUCAUUUCUUAUUCUUUGAUUCGCCUUACGUGUUCUUUUAUUCUUCUGUGCUCCAUGAGCCCUCACUCCUCUCUCCUUGUCUUAAUCCACAUAAUCCUAUUUUUCCUAGGGUGGAUCCUGUCCUGAUUUGAGGGUUCUAGAACUAAACACAGAGAUGAAACAGGGAUGCGAUGAUUUAUCAUUUUGCAUUGAAUCAUUGCAAACUGGCUGUCCCAAGCUAGAGGUAACUACAAAACUGUGGCGGAGGUUUCUUGGUGGUCGAGAUCCUUCCCCUAAUAGGGAUCCAUGCAACAUGAAACAGCAUUCCUUAUUUGCAUGCAAAACAUGUUUGGGAAAAUGUAACAUCACCUUCGUAAAAACACCUACAGUCGUAGCUCUGUGAUACAGGUUUUACCCCCUCCAACUGGUUUUGCAGACAGAGCCAACUGCUACAAGUCCUACAUGACCAGCCAACUGCUGCAUGUCCAACAUGACCAGCCAACUGCUGCAUGUCCAACAUGACCAGCCAACUGCUGCAUGUCCAACAUGACCAGCCAACUGCUGCAUGUCCAACAUGACCAGCCAACUGCUGCAUGUCCAGCAUGACCAGCCAACUGCUGCAUGUCCAACAUGACCAGCCAACUGCUGCAUGUCCAACAUGACCAGCCAACUGCUGCAUGUCCUACAUGACCAGCCAACUGCUGCAUGUCCUACAUGACCAGCCAAAUGCUAAAUGUCCUACAUGACCAGCCAACUGCUAAAUGUCUUACAUGACUAGCUAUCUGCUAUAGACUAAGUCCUACUCUAUAGGUCCAACACACCCAGCUAACUGCUGCAUGCCCUGCAUAACUGGCCAAUUGCUGCAUGUCCUACGUAACUGGCCAGCUGCUGCGUGUCCUACAUAACUGGCCAGCUGCUGCGUGUCCUACAUAACUGGCCAGCUGCUGCGUGUCCUACAUAACUGGCCUGCUGCUGCGUGUCCUAAAUAACUGGCCAGCUGCUGCAUGUCCUGCAUAACUGACCAACUGCUACAUGUCCUGCAUAACUGACCAACUGCUGCAUGUCCUGCAUAACUGGCCAACUGCUGCAUGUCCUAUUGAACUGGUCAACCCACUAUAGACUUAGUCCUAUUGUAUAGGUCCAACAGACCCAGCCACCAGCUACAUAUCCUAUGUAGCGGGCCUGCCGACAACCUCACCGGUUGUCCUUGCUCAGCCAUGUCUUGUUCCUGGAAGGGAUUCAGCUAUAAAGCAGAGAAACCAAUUUCUCACCCAGUAACCGAACAACACACAGACCUGGGGGUUCAACAACAACUUUAUUGGCCACACUCCGCGUUAUACUGUCCCCAUGCAAGGGGACGACCCCCUGGGAGGGGGAGGACCCUCUCCCAGGGUCCUCCCAGGGGGUCGCAUAACAGAACUGGAACCCCAAUCCCUUUGUCCCUUCUUACUGCCACUCCAUGCCCCCUCCCAGGGUCCUUCCAGGGACCUGUGCGUGUGACAGGAACUCCAGUCCCUUUGUCCCCAGCUCCUGCCAUCCAUCCCAAGAGCCUCUGUACCUGGGAGUCCCAGCGCGGGAAAGUUUUCCGCGUCUGAGUCCCAGCCACAGAAAUCCUGCCAAACCGCCAUUGUCCCCAAGAGAGUGUCCCCACCAAUCUCAGGGACCCCCAGAACGGUAACUGCCUCCGCUCGUGGCGUCCCUGGGUUAAACCAGGCAAGGGAAGUGUUACGGUUGCCUCCAGGCUGGCUGGAAGUUGGACCGUAGAAAACAUGCUCCUACCGCUCACCAAAGUACCAUCAGCACCGUAUACACCAUAACUUCUUUUAUGCAGGUUUUCCUUACAUAGGACCACCCACAGGGUUUUACAGAACAACCAAUAACACACGUACAUUACAGUAUUCAGCAAUUACACCAUAACUACUGCAUAGACACCAUAAGUACUGCAGACUCCACGAACCGCCGCUGUUGGGCUAGGAUCUGGCUGUCGGCUAUCCAUCCUGGACCUACGACCAGGCUUCAGGUUCCAGUAGGUGAACCUCUUCCUUCUGUAGAGCGAAGCAGGAUCAGGAACAAGAGCUCUUACAAGAGCUAAGGGAGUAUGAAGAGCAUAGCAAUCCCAGUAGUGAUUAUAGCUGUCCCCUACAAACAUGAGUCAAGGCUGCAAGUUAGAGGGUCAAGUCAUUCUCAUUUAUUUGGCACCAAAGGGCCUUUUUUUAUGCAGGUUUUCCUUACAUAGGACCACCCACAGGGUUUUACAGAACAACCAAUAACACACGUACAUUACAGUAUUCAGCAAUUACAUACAAAAAUCCUCCCCUCUGCCUGUGAUCUAAUUAUGGCACACAAUGGUUUAACAUAAUUAUCACAGGCAGGAAAAAUACAGUUUUUAUACAUGUACUAUAACUUUAAAACCAUACAUCCAAUCUUCAUAAAAGAUCAGCAUACUUCAGAAUCAGCAUACUUUAAACAUAAACACUCUCAAAAAUCAGACAAAUCCCUCCAGUAGAUCAAAAGUUAGUAUCAUAGAUUUGGGCUGUGCUGUCGGUCAAUUUCACACUGAAAAAUGACUAAGUCCCAUUCGAAUGCACGAACGAGGCUGUUAAUGCAUUUGGCUUAGUAUAGCAGUGAGUUCAAACUGCCGAACGGGACUUAGUCUCUGAAGCUGAAAACGGAGUGUAGGAGAAGGUAAGGGUCAGCGGUGUUAGUGAAAAUGUGUAGCCGAUUUCAGUUACAUGGAUUUGGCUACACAUACCGCUGACCUCAUGCGAAUGAACAAAGAUGGCCGCCGCCACGUGUUGGUUUGCACGAACUGCGGCCACCCAGCGGUCGGCAAUUUACCUACAGUGGGCUCUCAGCCUGGGAGGUAAAUUGCCUGCACACUUCCACUUCUGGGUGGUCCGUCUGUGUGGUACUUGGUUCAGUAAGCCCCAUUUACUGAAUCAAGUGGGAGAAGCCAGGAACAAGUUAUUUUACAGGUCUUACAUACUCUUAAAGGGGCAUUGUUCACCAAAGUCAUAAUAUGUCCCCAGAUAGUUCUUAAAGGGCCAUACACACCCAAUAAAAGUCCAUAAGUUUUCAGGGGCACAAUCUCCCAGGGGCCAUAGUCAUGAGGAAGGAGGCUGGCAAAUAGGCUUCUCCACAACCCAGGGAAGCAGGGCAAUUUGUCAUUUAAAGGGCCAGUUACAAAUGGUAGUUUGUAACAGGAAGUGUCUCCUUUCGGGACACAAAUGCUCCCCCUGGCCUCCGUUCGUAUAGACUAGCGGCGGCCUCCUAGGGAAGCACUCAUUAAUUAGUUAUUAUUAAUGUUCUAAUUGAUUGGUGUGAACACUCCAAGGGGCACUGGGGAGGUCCUCGUUCAGGAACCAAACGACGUGGGAAGCAAUCCACGAAUGCUCCCCCUAGAUGGCAUUCGUCUAACGGACAGGCCGCCACCCAGGGUUGGCACGCUCCGAGACUUCCCUUGCGGUUUGUGGUUCUGACCCCUCGUUACGAGGUGUGAACGUUCUAAGACAACAUUCUAAAUGAGGUUUCAUGGUGGUCCCCAUUCGGGAGGCGAACGGAACUCGUUCGUACUGGCUCUACCAAACAGGGAGCAGGUAAAACUCAGGAAUAUAACACAACACAGGGGAAACACGGGAAAUAACACAUAGUAAUUCACAACCAGGCAGUGGUCCCGCCACAUCCUACAUACCUAAUCACUACUCACACAAAAUAAUAAAAUCUUCCAUCCAUAUCUUCUUUAGAUUCCAAAAUUCUUUAUUUUUGUGUUUCCAAGGUUCUGCGUCUGCUGAAUCUAGUUUGGUCUUCCAAGUCUAUAAGUCGACGCUCUGAAGAAAACCCUGGAUUUACUGAGCUUCAGGAGCUCUGUCUGGCCACUUCCAACUACUCUUUUGUGAGCGAUACUGUCUGUAAGAGACUACUGAGAGAUUCCACAAAACUGAAAAUGCUGGAUCUGAGGGGCUGCUACAGAGUCACCCCACAAGGCAUCUGUGACCUGCCCUGUACCGGUAACUGAAAGUCUAAAGUUGUGGAGUAUGGUUAUCAACCAGAGAAGCUCUGUUACUAGGGAGCCUGGUUAUCAGCCAGAGGAGCUAUGAUACUAGGGAGCCUAGUUAUCAGCCAGAGGAGCUCUGUUACUAAGGGAGCCUAGUUAUCAACCAGAGAAGCUCUGUUACUAGGGAGCCUGGUUAUCAGCCAGAGGAGCUAUGAUACUAGGGAGCCUAGUUAUCAGCCAGAGGAGCUCUGUUACUAAGGGAGCCUAGUUAUCAACCAGAGAAGCUCUGUUACUAGGGAGCCUGGUUAUCAGCCAGAGGAGCUAUGAUACUAGGGAGCCUAGUUAUCAGCCAGAGGAGCUCUGUUACUAAGGGAGCCUAGUUAUCAACCAGAGAAGCUCUGUUACUAGGGAGCCUGGUUAUCAGCCAGAGGAGCUAUGAUACUAGGGAGCCUAGUUAUCAGCCAGAGGAGCUCUGUUACUAAGGGAGCCUAGUUAUCAGCCAGAGGAGCUCUGUUACUAAGGGAGCCUAGUUAUCAGCCAGAGGAGCUCUGUUACUACGGGAGCCUAGUUAUCAGACAAAGGAGCUCUGUUACUACGGGAGCCUAGUUAUCAGCCAGAGGAGCUCUGUUACUAAGGGAGCCUAGUUAUCAGCCAGAGGAGCUCUGUUACUGAGGGAGCCUAGUUAUCAGCCAGAGGUGCUCUGUUACUAAGGGAGCCUAGUUAUCAGCCAGAGGAGCUCUGUAACUAGGGAGCCUGGUUAUCAGCCAGAGGAGCUCUGUUACCAGGGAGCCUGGUUAUCAGCCAGAGGAGCUCUGUUACUAAGGGAGCCUAGUUAUCAGCCAGAGGGGCUCUGUUACUAAGGGAGCCUAGUUAUCAGCCAGAGGAGCUCUGUAACUAGGGAGCCUGGUUAUCAGCCAGAGGAGCUAUGAUACUAGGGAGCCUAGUUAUCAGACAAAGGAGCUCUGUUACUACGGGAGCCUAGUUAUCAGCCAGAGGAGCUAUGAUACUAGGGAGCCUAGUUAUCAGCCAGAGGAGCUCUGUUACUAAGGGAGCCUAGUUAUCAGCCAGAGGAGCUCUGUUACUAAGGGAGCCUAGUUAUCAGCCAGAGGAGCUCUGUUACUAAGGGAGCCUAGUUAUCAGCCAGAGGCGCUCUGUUACUAAGGGAGCCUGGUUAUCAGCCAGAGGAGCUCUGUAACUAGGGAGCCUGGUUAUCAGCCAGAGGAGCUCUGUUACUAAGGGAGCCUAUUUAUCAGCCAGAGGAGCUCUGUUACUAAGGGAGCCUGGUUAUCAGCCAGAGGAGCUCUGUUACUAGGGAGCCUGGUUAUCAGCCAGAGGAGCUCUGUUACUAAGGGAGCCUAGUUAUCAGCCAGAGGGGCUCUGUUACUAAGGGAGCCUGGUUAUCAGCCAGAGGGGCUCUGUUACUAAGGGAGCCUAGUUAUCAGCCAGAGGCGCUCUGUUACUAAGGGAGCCUAGUUAUCAGCCAGAGGAGCUCUGUAACUAGGGAGCCUGGUUAUCAGCCAGAGGGGCUCUGUUACUACGGGAGCCUAGUUAUCAGCCAAAGGAGCUCUGUUACUACGGGAGCCUAGUUAUCAGCCAGAGGCGCUCUGUUACUAAGGGAGCCUAGUUAUCAGCCAGAGGAGCUCUGUAACUAGGGAGCCUGGUUAUCAGCCAGAGGAGCUCUGUUACUAAGGGAGCCUAGUUAUCAGCCAGAUGAGCUCUGUUACUAAGGGAGCCUAGUUAUCAGCCAGAGGAGCUCUGUUACUAAGGGAGCCUAUUUAUCAGCCAGAGGAGCUCUGUUACUAAGGGAGCCUAGUUAUCAGCCAGAGGAGCUCUGUAACUAGGGAGCCUGGUUAUCAGCCAGAGGAGCUCUGUUACUAAGGGAGCCUAGUUAUCAGCCAGAGGAGCUCUGUUACUAAGGGAGCCUAGUUAUCAGCCAGAGGAGCUCUGUUACUCAGGAGCCUGGUUUUGUCCCAGGUUUGUUAAUAAACAGGAAGAAGGAGGGCUUUACGGGGUGCAUUACCCGGGCUAUUUCCAUAGAUUAUUAUUUUAUAUUCUUACUGGUAGGAUUUGUUGGCCUCAGAUUGUUGUAACUCUCUGGAUGUUGUAUAUUACAUACGGUGCUGGCUCUUGUUUUUCCCAGGAGUCAGUAUAACUGUUUGUUUGCUCCUGGAUUAAUACCAGAUCUCCCUCUGCCACAGACCUGGAACGCCUAUAUCUGGGCAUAUACUGCAGCACCAAAAACCUGAUCCUGCCAGGCUCUGGGAGUGCCCUCCUUGCCACGAGGUGGCAGCACAGUUUGCGAGAGCUCGAUCUGGCCUCACAGAGUUUCAAUGAGAGGGACCUGACACAAGCUCUGCAUAUACUUUCACGAGGAGGAAAUAAUGAGACCUUGCAGUCCCUAAAUGUCGCUGGUACAAAGGUCACGUCUUCUGCUAUCAGGUGGGCUGUCUGUCUCUAACUUACUAGUCACCUAAAAGCUCAUCAUUAGAUGUGUAUUCUUUAUCGUGCUGGCACGAAGCCUGGCAUCUUCCACAGAUACAAUAUAUACAAUGAUUAACUAUUGUUUUCUGUGAAUGCUAAUGUCGGUGCAGCAAUUCAUAGUAAGAUAUAAGAGCAGAGCAUUCUGGGAACUGUAGGGGAGAAAAGUAGGCUUUACUACUACAAACCUCCCCUGAGUAACAGCUACAGUGGCAUUUAUUGUGGAGAGGGAGAAGACUGUAUGAUGGCUGCUCGGGAUCCUGCUAACACAUUAUUUUCCUUUAUCUGCUUCAGGAAUUUGCUCCGUAGCUGCCAGUCUCUCUCCCACCUGGAUUUAUCUUCUUGUCGUUGUCUUCCACGGGGGAUGAAACGUGUAUAUCGAGGUGAACAAGAUAUCCACGAGUGUCUAAAUGGACUGACUGAGGAGUUAAAGAAGGAAUUGGGAGGGGAUGAGGAGCUGUAUCUGGGACCUUCAGAAAUGGACGUUUAGAUCCAGUGGAACUGCAGAGGCAGCCAAGAUAGGUUCACUAAGAGACUGAACCUCCGAAUAUUGAUCGAUGCCUGAUAUGGGACAAGAAGAGACUUUCAUUAGAAAUGGAGUCACAUCUAAGACUGAUUAAUGGAAAAUAAACCAGGCGGAAUUGGUCAACACCUGAUAUUCUCUCUGAAUGGCACCUUGAGAAGAAAUAGGAUGAACAGCUGAGACAAUUUUUACUUUUGGGGCAGGUUAACAUGAAAGUCAUGUAAUUUUGAGCUGUGGGAGGCAGUUGAAGUAAUACUUUUUAGACUGGGCAUAAUGCAGCAGUUUAGAUGAGACUCAUUGGUUUAGUAAAAAUGGGGACAGUUUAGUUGAGACCUCUUGAGUUAGUAGGAAUGGGGGUGGCAGUUUGUAUAAUGGGGGUAGUUUAGAUGAAACUGCUUGGGUAUUAGCAAUGAUCGGGGAUGUAGGGAGACUCCUUUGGUAAUUAGCAAUGGGGGGGCAGCUUAGAUGAGACUCGUUAGGUUAUUAGCAAUGGGGGAGAUUUAGAUGAGACCCUUGGGUUAUUAGCAAUGAGGGGGGCAGUUUAGGUGAGACUCCUUGGGUUAUUAGCAAUGGGGGGCAGUUUAGAUGAGACUUGUUAGAAUAGUCACAUCCCCGGAAAGCCCUGAUCUGAGUGCUUAACAUAUCCAAAAAGCACUCCGAUCGGUUCGGUAGUUUGGAAUUUUCAUCGAGGUACAGUUUUGACCGGCCGGCAACUAUGUAGAAGCCCAAAAUAGUUCCAGAGAAAUCAUGGCAACGGCCGGCCUCAGUUCGAGGGUUUUUCUACGAAAGACACACACCGUAUCCGAACGCUUUUUAGUGUUGAAUGCUUCUCCCAUUCGGUAGUUUAUAUCUCCCAAACACCGUUUGUAUAGGUGGUUGGGAACUUGAACGGGCAACAGUUUCAUAUUCACUGGUGUUUGCGGGAGUGCCUAGCCGUAAUAAGCUCCAGGCACUCUACGACCAGGUACCACUGCCUGCGUUCGGGAGACAAGAUGGCAGCCACCCAGGGGAGCCUUUUAGUGAUAGUUUCCAUGGUGGUUUCGCACUGGAUACUUUGUAUUCCACAUUCUAAUUAAAUGUUUGGGUGGUCUGCGUCCGGGAACCGAACUAGGAGAGUUUCAAAUGGGCAAACGAACAGGGGAAAAAUUAAUAUUACCAAACCAAGUGAUGGGGCAUUCCUUCACAGGUGGGAUGUGAUGCAAUGUGUCUCUUGACUGUAACCUGAGGGGCAAUUAAAUACAAAUAAUUUUUACCAAAAGCAACAUAUUAAUAAUUUACUUAUAAACUUAAAGGUUUUAUCAAGGUUCUCCUUAAUGUUUAAAUAUUUUGUAUCUGGUAAUUUAAAUAUAUGUUUAUUACUAUUAAAAGAUUCAAUUGUUGGGUAAAUUAAAGUUGUAUAUGUAUGGAAUAUAUAUAAAAAAUAUUAUCUGAUGAUAUUCACACACACAGCCUUCAGGGACUGAUUAGUUAUUUCUUUUAAGCGGUGAUAUAAACACUUAUGAACGGCAGAUGACAAAUAAAAAGACUUUGCUUAAAAUAUAUAUAUAGCGUAUAUACUCGAGUAUAAGUCGACCCGAAUAUAAG